CGCAGUGUCAGUCAGAGCAAGACUGUUUCUCUUCGUUUGAAACAUUGUUAAGUUGCGCUUUUGUUCGCACAGAAGUUGGAAGUUUUCUCGCUUUGUCUGCUGUCGAUACUGCGCGUAACACCAUGUCGCUGCUGCAGCAGUUACGAGAUGAAAGUGACUUUGACCAGUUGCCUAAUAACAUCCCCAUCAGCGCCACCAUCGCUGAUAUUGAGGAGAAAAAAGGCUUCAUUGACUAUUAUAGAUUUGUGAUUGAGGUGAAGACUAAAGGAGGGAGUAAAUAUCUGAUCUACAGGAGGUACAGAGACUUUUUCAACCUCCACCAGGUCCUCGAGUCCAAAUACUCUCCCGUAGACCCAGACAGACCUGCUCCCAACACCUGCGCCCUGCCCACUCUUCCAGGAAAGGUCUUCCUUGGCAACAAAAAAGAGAUUGCAGAGAGCCGAAUCCCUGAACUCAACGCGUAUAUGAAGAGGUUGCUGGGUCUGCCACCAUGGUUGUUACACGACGAAGCACUCAGGAUGUUUUUCUACCAGAUGGAUCAGGACAGCCAACACCAACCACAAGCUCUCAGGCGUCUCCGCCCACCUACUCGCAAAGCGAAGACAGUCAAACCCAAUAUGGACCUCUUCGCCUCCCCCAGGGCCGAGGCGAUGUUUGACUUUCGCGGCAACGGCAAGGCGGAGUUGAACCUGAAGAGGGGAGAGGUGAUCUUCCUGCUGCGACGAGUCAACGCGGAGUGGCUGGAGGGCACGGUGAACAAUCAGACGGGUAUUUUCCCAGAAUCUUUUGUUAAGAUUAUAAAGCCCCUCCCAGAGACUGACUCAGAAGGUGAGGCUGUUGGCAACGCCUACAGCUGUCUGCGCUGCUACCUGCUCACCCCCUCCGGAGUCGACACCAGAGAUGUGUGUGUACAAGAGGACAUCACCAUCCAGCCUACGUACAAGGACCUGGUAUCUCGCAUGAAAAACGUCUUCAAAGUGGACGACAUCGCCCUGAACUACCGCGACCCCGAGGGCGACCUCAUCCGUAUCCUCGACGACGAUGAUGUCCAGCUGAUGAUCAGGGAGGGCAAGGGUCAGCAGGGCAAAGUCGAGAGACCUGUCAAUCAGUUUUCAUGGGAACUGCACGUGACCAUGGCCUCUGACCUUUCCGUUUACAGCUCCGAGGCCUAAAAGAUAGAGAGAGAGAAAGAGAGAAAGUAAGAAGGAGAGAAAGAAAAGAUAUUUAGUAUUCUUAUAUCAGAACAAUGAACUCAACCAAGUUUAAUAUUGUUGCUGAUACUGCAUGUGCAAGCAUAUAUGAAGUUUUCAAUGAAUUCAAAGCUACAUUCAUGUAAAAAUACUAACUGCUGUGUCUGUUAAUGGCCCAUACAUUUCCCUUAGUAAUAAAAUUAUUUAAUAACAGUUUUACGCUUUGCAUAUUUGAAUUUUUAUGUGGCUGAAGAUUUUUGUUUCCAGUAGCUCUACAUUAGGACACGCUGGGAGUUGAGCUGCACACAGCCUGUUGGUGGGACCAAAUGAGCAAUGUGGAGAUGUCUCUUUGUGCUCUAAGAAACUUUAUUUUCUGAUAGUUUGGAAACUAAAAGAUCAAUUGAUUCGUCAGGAAAGAUAAUCAACAAAUUUAUAAUGAAAAACUGUGAUGAAAUUGUAAACACAGAGUCUGUUUACUUACCUAUUCCCAGAGCUUUCUGCUAACUCACACUGGGAUGUUCUUGGUGGUUGCUGUUUAGUUAGUUGCGUAUGCUUUGGUCCUGAAAUAGGGCAGGCUGCUCUUUACCCAUUCACUGAAGAAUACCAAUAGAUAUGUUUGAAAGCUGUCCAAAUUGAUAAGUUGCAGGAUAAUUCUGGUUUAUUUUAUUUCAUUAUUUUUUUCUCGGUCUAUGGUUCAUGCUAACUUUGCACUUGUUGGCUCCAUUAAAAAGAUUUAGGGAAAAUAGACUGCUAAGCCUCCUAAAGCCUUCCAAAAAUGCACAGGAUUUUUUACACUAAUAGUUUCAAACAUUUGUCUCUGAAUCAGAUCUGAAGUAAAGAAAGAAAAUCUCUUCCUCAAAAGGCCAGUGGACCUUGCAUUUGUGAAAGAAUAUUUACCACAGAUUGGGAUCCCCAAGGUAGAGAGUGAAUCAUCAUUUUCAAGAUAAUAAAGCUCAUUCUUUGUCACAAUGACCUCUAACCAAAUGAAACACCAUCAAAGAUUCCUCUUUCUUGAUCAACCUCAAACUAUUCUCCCCCUAAACUUCACACUCUUGACUUCUCUGAAUAGGGAUAAACUGACAUAUUUUAGCAUAAUCUGUCAAGCUGCUGCGUGCCACAUCGUUCUUUCCACCCUCUAAGUGGAGAGCAGCCAUCAAAAUCUGAAUUUUCCAAAACAAAAUGAGACACUGAGCAUCCAUCAGCUCGGUCAACCGCUCAGAGAUAUUUUGCGGUAAAAGUAUUUGGUGCUACAGGGAGAACUCUGCCACUCAAAAUUGGAUCAUUGUUUAUGAAAUGAAUUGUUUAUGUGCGUGUGUGUCUGAGUGUGUGUGUGUUUGUGUGUUUUUAAAAGACUAUAUUCUCCAUGGCUCCGUCACGCUCAUAUUACGCAAUCACAUUUUGUCCGUGUGUCUGCAUUUCAUUCACACUGGCCUCAGGAAAUUCAGAUAUUGCCUUUGCUGGCAGGACAGUUUUUCCUCAUCUUUAAUGCAAAGUUAUUCGUCUCAUAUUCCUCUUUAACAAUCUCUCCUAGGCCAUGUGGAAGUGAUGCAUCUUCAAAAGUUGCUUAUCACACCAGACGCAACUGCCACCUGCUUGUACUUAAAACAGCUAAUUCUCCAUCCUAAAUUGCACCUGGGAUUCCUGAACACAUGUAGGUGUAAAUGGUGCUUUUUUUCAGGUGUUAAUGGGUUUUUGUUUUUGGUCAUGCUCAGAUUCUGUGAAGGACAACACACUGCCCUGCAUAGCAAUUACAGAUGCAUACUGGAUCACUGUAAUUCAUUCUCUAACAAAUGCUUAGUCGGUGUGCUUUGUGCAAGGGAAAAAAUAGAAUUGGGAAAGAAAAACAUAAAAAUGUUGGCAAAACAAGCGGUAAGCAACAGCAUGCAUAAAUACAGGCACACAGGUGAUCACAUGCUCACACUUUGAUUUAUCUGAGUGUAAAUAAAAGUACAGAGGGAAUAAAAUGGAUAAAAAGGACUUUACAUAUUACUGUGUUUCCAAUUUAAUCUUCGAAUGUUUUGCAAGGCUACUCAAAAGGCAGCCAGGCUUCAUGAACACAAUCACUGCUCACUGGGAUUUGUUCUGCUUUCGGCUCAUGAAGCCUUGUGAUUGCAUUCAGGCUCUGCUUUUGUUGUCACUGCGAUAAUAGCGAGAGCCAACAGCCGCCACCACAGUCUUAACCUGCCACCGCGUUUCCCACUUACAUUUAGCUGAUGUGUUCAUCCAGUGCAAAAGACCACAGAGAGAACGGGCUUGUUCAAGGACGAGCUUUACUAAUGGACAAUGUGACAUAUCAGAGCUGUUUGUUCUGAGGUUUUGUGGAGGCAGAAAUCAUUCUCUUACAAUGUCUAUAAAAAAUAUGACAAUUAUAAUUUAUUUUAAAUACACUUAGAUUGGAAAUGCUCUCACUGCUACUGCGAGAUGCAAUAGCUAGGUUUCCAUCCAAAUGUAUAGUGCCUUUUUCCCCCAGCAAAAUCGGUUGGUUGCUUGGUUGGUUCUCCAAGAUAAACAGCUAGUAGUGCUAAUUUUCCAGCAUUGCAGAAGAAGUAGGGGUGCACCAUAAUGACAUCAAUAAAAGAGCCCCACUCAAACCUUAAAUUGGGAUAAACAUGAUGGGAAUAUGGCAUUUCUGCUUGUCUUGUAUUCAUUUCAGGACCAUAAAAGUCUGCUCAUCACUCCAUACAUAUCUAAUAUUUUGGUUUGCUGGUUAGCGAAAGCAUC